AUGUCUUCAUCCUCAAUGACUUCGCGGCUCAAGUUGUUCAAGCGCAGCAAGGACAGCAGCACUUCCAUCCCCUCACAACAGUCGAGCCCCUCAGGGACCCCCUACGUCCCCCCGCCGUUGAGCACCGCGUCCGCCAGUCCACCGCCGCCCUCGAGCUCGUCCACCACCAGUCUUCCCAUGAACGGCCAAAAUCCACCAGGACGACCGCCCAGCUAUUCGCACGCUGGUCGUCCGACGAGUCCCAUGCCGCCGACUGCCCAGCAAGUCGCCCACCACCCGCCCCCCAUCAACACCAGCGCUCCGUACGGCCAGCCCCCCCAGCAGCAGCAGCUCGGUGUCGGAGGCCCGCCGCCUCCCGGCUAUGGCUAUCAGCCUCAGCAACCCCCAGUACAGUCUACGCAGCCGCUCCAUCAGCAUGGGAUCCCCUCCAGCCUGGGCCCGGCCCAGGGCGUGCGCAACCCGGCCGCCGAGGUCGACGGCACCAACCGAAACAAGGCCCAGCUGAUCGUGGGUAUUGACUUUGGCACCACCUUCUCCGGUGUCGCGUUUGCCUUUGCUACCAACAACGAGGCCCGCGAAGACAUUAUCACUGAAUGGCCUGGUGCCGGUACGCAUACAAAGCAGAAGAUUCCUACUGUGCUCUACUACGAUCAAUACCAGAAGGUUGUCGGAUGGGGGCCUGAUAUCGCCGAUGCCCUCGCCCACACCGGUUACCCCAAGUUGGGCGUUCAAAAAGUCGAGUGGUUCAAGCUACAGCUGAUGCUGUCUGGUAACACCUAUAUCGAUCCCAUUAACCUGCCUCCUCUGCCUCCCGGCAAAUCUGAGAUCGACGUUGCCGCCGAUUAUCUCUUCAAGGUGCGCCAAGCUAUGCGCGCCCAGCUCCAAAAGACCCUGGGUGAAGUGUUCAAUCGUGAGGAGCGCAACAUUCGCUACUAUUUGACCGUGCCCGCUAUUUGGAACGAUGCUGCCAAGGCAGCAACUCGUGCGGCCGCCAUUCAAGCUGGUUAUUUGCGCGACGAGAACGACAACCGUCUUACCUUGAUCACUGAGCCCGAGGCUGCCGCCAUGUUUUGCGCCAAAUCCGGUCUGUUGAAUCUCAAGGUAGGCGAUGCCAUUCUCAUUGUCGACUGUGGUGGUGGUACCGUCGACUUGAUCGCCUACGAGGUCGAAGAGGAGAAUCCCUUUACAGUCGCCGAGUGCACGGCUGGUUCCGGAGACUCGUGCGGUUCAACCGCCCUCAACCGUAACUUUAGCAAUAUCUUGCGUGCCAAAAUUCGAAAGAUGAAACUGCCCGACGGAUCCCGAACGGCAGGAAGAGUAUACGCCAAGUGCAUCAUGGACUUUGAGAACCGAAUCAAGGCCGAUUUCCGCAACAACGGCCAGAAGUGGGCCGUCGAUGUUGGUAUUGAGGCCGACUAUCCAGACGCCGGCAUUGAGGACGGCUAUAUGAGCUUCACCAACGAGGAGAUUCUGCAGUGCUUCGAGCCUGUCGUCAACCGAAUCUUGGAGCUGGUGCGUAACCAGAUCAUUGCCAUCCAGGCCCAGAACAGGCAACUACAGAACGUACUCGUCGUCGGUGGAUUUGGUGCAUCCGAAUAUCUCUUUCAGCAAAUCAAAUUACAUGUUCCCCCGCAAUUCCAGUCCAAAGUGGUGCGCCCAAUGGACUCUGUCGCCGCAAUCGUGAAAGGUGCAGUCACAGCUGGUAUUACCGAACGAGUGGUCACACACCGAAUUGCCCGUCGACACUACCUCAUGGCUACCCUGCAACCAUUCAAGGAGGGUUACCACCCAGAACAAUACCGCGUCCCCAGCUUGGACGGCAAAGACCGAUGCAAGUACACCCGGCAGAUCUUUGUGCAAAAGGGUGAACGAGUCAAGAUUGGCGAGCCCGUCAAGGUCAGCUUCUUCCGUCAAGUCGCGCCAGGAGCGACUCUAAUGUACGAGGAUAUCUUGUAUGCAUGUGACGAGGAUGUCUGCCCCGAAUAUGUCAAAGACCCUCGAAUCAAGGAAGUUGUCACUCUCACAUCCGACUUGUCACGUAAAAACCUAGAGAAAGACUUUGAACGCAUGGAUACACCCAACGGAACCUUCUACCGUGUUUACUUUGACAUCUACCUCACCCUCGAUGGAUCCGAAUUCAACGCUGAAUUAGUAUGCCAAGGCGACGUGAUGGGCCGCUGCACCGCCCGUUUCAAGUAG